AUGGAUAUAAUUAGAGGUGCAUGUUCAGUUGAUAAAGUUGGAGGGAUGGUGUAUAUCAGAGAAGAUUUAGCACCGCUGAUGUUGGAAUGGAAACCAAUUGAUGAACAAGAAGAGGAUAGAGCAAUUUCAAUACCAUUGAAUUCUUUAACCACAUUACAAAGUACAAAGGAGACUUCACCGAAAAUGAUCCUAAAAAUCGUAUACAAAUUAACCUCUGGUCCAUCUAAUUCAGAGGAAACUAAUAACAAUGAAGAAGAAAAAUCAUUCAAAUUGAUAUUCACCAAUAGACCAACGAUGAACACUAUUAAAGAUUCUCUACAGACAAUUGUUGCUAGAUCAAGAACCAGAGUAGAAGGUACUAGUACACCAACACCAGCACUUGGAUCAAUGACACAAGCUGACUCCACUAGAGAUUCAACAUCAACACCAAUACCUGCAUCAUCAUCAUCACCAUCAGGAACAUUAAAUACUUCAUCAUCAUUACUAUCAUUAGCAGCAUCACAAUCAUUAUCUGAUGCAAACUUGUUGAAAAAUUUCGAACUACAGCAGAAACUUUUACUAGAAGACCGUGAAUUACGUGAUAUUUUCACUAAAUCAGUCAUGCAAUUUAAAUUGUCACCACAAAUAUUUUGGUCAUCAAGAUUAAAUCAAUUACGAACUUUUGCCUUGACAAUAUCUCAGCAUAAAGGUCCAUAUAAUGUGUUGAGUACAAUUAAACCAGUGGCAACAUCUGAUAAUCAAGUGAAUGUUAAUGUUACGCGUGAUACCAUUAAUGAAAUAUUCACCAUUUAUCCAAUUAUAAAGAAAGCUUUUGAUGAUUUGGUUCCCAAUAAGUUUAGUGAAGGGGAAUUUUGGUCGAGAUUUUUUAAUUCUAAAUUAUUUAGACGAUUAAGAGGAGAUAAGAUUAGUAUCAGCAAUAGUCGAGGAGAUGUUGUAUUGGACAAAUAUUUGUAUAUAGAUCAAAACUAUCAAGAUAAAUUACAAAAAUCAUCUGCUUCAGAAAAGGGAGAAACAGGGGGUUCAGAAAAUGAUGUUGCAAUACCGGAGACUCCUCAUGUUAACAAGUUUCUUGAUUUGAUGGGGAAUCAACAAGAUAAUUCCCAAAAAUUGGGGAAUAGACCAGAUUUUACUAUGCGUUAUGAUGAUGAAGAGACAAAUUUGGAUAAUAAUAAUAAUAAGAAGAAACCAGCUUUAGGGAAUGAAAAUGAAAUGAUCAUAUUAAUGAAAAAUAUGAACCGAUUAUCAUCGAAAAUGAUGAGCAUGAGUUCUGCUAAAGAAGUAGAGAAACCACAAACAACCACCAUUGAUGGGUUAUCUGCUGCUGAAAUUAAUGAAUAUGAAGAAGAAUUAGAUUUACAUGAUUUAAAUGAUUUUGAAAAUUUACAAUAUAUAAAAUUAAAUAUUAAUCCUGAUAUUGCCAAAGGAACCAAUAUUGAUCAUGAUUCAAAUACCAAUAAUGAAAUUUCUCAAGAUGAAUUACAUAAAUAUUUACAAUCUCAAUCAUUUCAUGGACAAAUAGAAUUAACUGAAACUUAUACUUCGAAAAGUGAAGAAAUUGAGAAAACUUCAAUGGAAAUAGCCAUGCUUAUUAAACAAAAUUUCCGAACAUUUAAAUUGAUUAAUAAAGAAAAUGAUAUUACUGGAACAAAUAUUGUUCCUAAUUCUUUAAUACAAGAAAUUAUUACUUAUAAUAUUACCAUUAUUGAAUUUUUAUCUCAUUUUUGGAAGAUUUUUUUACAUGGGAAUAAUCCUGGUCAAUUAAAGAAAAUAUUUACUAGUUUAAAAAAUUGUCAAUCUGGUUUAAUAGAAUUAGAAAAUAAAGCUAUUAAUCAAUUCAAAUCUAUGGAUAUAUUAGAGAAAAAUCAAAAAUUACAAGAUAAAGUUUUAAAAGAUUUUGUAUCAUGUCUUCAACCGAUGAAAAUAGCAUUGGAUAAGGCAUGUAAUGAAUAUGUUGAAGCAGUAAGGAAAGCUAAACCAGAAUUAAAUGAAAAUGGUAAACGUCCAUUACCAGAGGAGUAA